AUGGUUAUUUCCCCAAGGGGUAAUGAAAAUGCAGACCUGAGAGUGAGCUCCUUAAUAUCACCGAAUGUUGCUUGUUGGAAUUUUGACAGGUUACAUCAGCUCUUCUUGCCAUUUGAAUGUGAUCGUAUUGCUAGCAUCCCCCUGAGCUCGAGGCUGCCAGGUGAUAGCAUAUGUUGGGACUUGGAGAGGAGUGGCCAGUAUACGGUCAAGUCAGCUUAUAAGACCAUUUUCAAUGAUAAUUGGAAGGGAGAUGAAGAGGCCACUUCUGUUGCUGCCCAUACAAUCUGGAAGAAGAUAUGGCAAAUUCAAGCGCUUCCUCGGGUUAAAGUCUUUGCUUGGAGGGCAUGUCAAAAUGCUCUCCCGACCCGUCGCAACAUUAGCUACCGUAUCAAGGAUUAUGACUCUGAAUGCUGUAUAUGUGAGAGGGACUUUGAGUCCACUUUGCAUGCCCUUAGGGACUGUAAGUUGGCUCGGGAUGUUUGGCGAAAGAGCAGAUUUGCCCAUGUUGCUCUUUCACGAACGAGCUCUAUUGUUGACUGGUGGGAAGGGUGCCUUGCUGAAUUUGAUGAGUUUGAUGCAGCGAGUAUUAUUACCUUGUGUUGGGCAAUCUGGGGUGCGCGCAACUCGUGGAUUAUGGAGGGUGUGGCGCCAGUCCCUGAGGAUGUGGUGAGUUAUGCUAAGAAGACAAGUAGUGAGGUAGGUGAUGCUCUAAUUAAGAAAAAUACUAAGGCUGCGGGGAUGGCUCUUCCUGCUUCAUGGUCUCCUCCUAGUCCGAGCUACUACAAAGUUAAUGUGGAUGCAGGAUUUAUCGAUGGGCUGGGAUCGGGACUGGGUGUUGUAGUAAGAGAUGAGAAUGGGGGAGUGUUGGUGUGUGGUGCUGCUCAGUCACAGGACAGGUGGGAUACGGCUACUGCAGAAGCCAAGGCAGUGAUGUUCGGGUUGCAAUUGGCGAAGGACGCUGGAAUGGAUAAGCUGGUGGUAGAAGGGGAUUGUUUGCAAGUCAUUCAGGCAUUAAAAAAUCGGUCAGCAGGGGCUAGUUCUUUCUCCUUAAUUAUUGAAGACAUUUGA